CAGAGUGAGAGUCAGUGUAAAAGAGACCUGCAAACCAGCGAAGCUCCCAGAGGUGUGAAGAGCAUUAUGGACCUUUCUACCACGCUGAUCUUAGGAGGGCUAAUCGUAGCUCUGCUGUGGUUGGUCAAGGUAAAAAACAGUAGGAAGUAUCGUUUGCCUCCAGGACCCACAGCACUUCCUCUCAUAGGAAACCUGCCACAGCUGGAAAAAAAUGCACCUUUUAACAGCUUCCUGAAGUUCAGCAAAAGCUAUGGUCCUGUGAUGACCUUGUACCUGGGCUGGCAGCGGGUUGUUGUUCUGGUCGGAUACGAUGCGGUGAAGGAGGCUCUGGUGGACCAGGCAGAUGACUUCACAGGCAGAGGGCCGCUGCCGUUUCUGGUCAAAGCUACCAAAGGCUACGGUUUGGGGAUCAGCAAUGGGGAGCGAUGGCGGCAGCUGCGACGCUUCACACUGUCAACCCUGAGAGACUUUGGGAUGGGACGUAAGGGUAUGGAAGAGUGGAUCCAGGAGGAGAGCGGACACUUGAGAGCUCGCAUACAAACACAUAAAGCCAGACCAUUCGACCCCACGUUUUUGUUGAGCUGCACCGUGUCCAAUAUCAUCUGCUGCAUGGUGUUCAGCCAGCGCUUCAGUUAUGAUGACAAGCAGUUCCUUCGCCUCCUCAACAUCAUCGCUAACGUUUUAAGGUUCAACAGUGGCCUCAUGGGUCAGAUGUACAACGUCUUUCCCUGGCUCGUAGAGCAUCUUCCCGGCCCGCAACAUUCAGUUUUUGCCCAAAUUAAGGGGUUGAGAGAUUUUGUUGAGAAGAAGAUCCAAGAGCACAAAGAGACACUGGACCCCAGCUCCCCGAGAGACUAUAUCGACUGCUUUCUUAUUCGAAUGAAUCAGGAAAAGGACAUCCCCACAACUGAGUUCCACCAUGAAAACUUGGUCUCUACAGUGCUGAAUCUGUUCCUGGCAGGAACAGAAACCACCAGCUCCACCAUAAGAUAUGCCCUCAGUGUGCUGAUCAAAUACCCCGACAUACAGGAGAAAAUGCAGAAGGAGAUUGAUAAUGUGAUUGCCCAGGACCGUUGUCCCAAAAUGGAGGACAGGAAGUCCCUCCCCUUCACAGAUGCAGUCAUCCAUGAGGUGCAGCGUUUCCUGGACAUCGUCCCCUUCAGCCUCCCUCAUUAUGCACUCCACGACAUCUCUUUCAGGGGUUAUACAAUCCCCAAGGACACUGUGAUUGUCCCCUUGUUGCACUCAGUGCUGAAAGGAGAAAAGGAAUGGGCGACUCCCUGGACCUUCAACCCCCAGCACUUCUUAGACCAGAACAGCAACUUCAAGAAAAAUCCUGCGUUCAUGCCAUUUGCUGCAGGGAAAAGAGCUUGUGUUGGCGAGUCUCUGGCUCGAAUGGAGCUUUUUAUCUUCCUUGUGUCGCUGCUGCAGCACUUCACCUUUUCCUGCGCUGAAGGCCCUGACAGUAUAAACCUCAUUCCAGCGUUCAGCGGCUUUGCAAAUCUACCUCGCUCCUACCAGAUCAUCGCCACGCCGCGGUGAAAAGAGGAGCUCCACUCAGACACACUUAUGUUUGAAGUCUUCACACGGAUAUUGCACAAGGAUAUCACAGGGAAAUUGCUUGGGUUACAGCUGCUCCCAUUCAAAAGCCCAGAAAUAUGCAGAAUAAAUAAAUAAAUAAAUGUUAUUGAUAAUAAAAACUAUACUUAAGCAAGAACAACAAAACACAAGAAUCUUAUCUCAAUCUAAACCUUAUGAAUCCUCUUUUCUUUUGGUUUGGUUAUUUUUGCAUAAAUAUCUUUCUUUUGUGUGACUUUUAAUCAUUUCUUGAUUCUAAUGUUUAAAGUUUUGAAUAUGCUGCCUUACACAACAAAAUCCAAAUUUAUUACUACUAUAAAAUGCAUUGCUAAAUUACUCCUGUAAAAAUAUUAAAUCCUUUUAUAUGAAAAGCAAUAAAACAAUUCCUUUUGUGGAA